CACUGACGAGCGUCGAGUCAUCAACCUAUUUGCCCUCGCAGCUCGCAGCCCUUGCCCUCUUGCAAGCACCCCAUCGCUCUCCCCAUUGUCAGAGCAACAGAAGAAACAACCGUUCUAUAGUCCUAGAUCACCAGAGUCAACCCUCUAAACAACGUCUGACGAAAGAAUGGAUACAGCUGUUGCGGAGGACAAGAAGGAUAUCACCAUUGCCUUCGAAGGCAAUGGUGCCACUGCUUGUGACACGAAGGAUAUCAUGGUUGGUGUUAGUGAGAACACGGCUACAGCGAGAACUGGGGAAUCAGAUGUGGUAAGCGAGAAGAAAACUGAUGUUGAAAAGCUUGGCAACUCCACGACGACGACGAUGGAUGAAGGGGCUGCACAAACAGAACCUCAUUCAAGGCAGGCCAUACAUAAUGUGGCAGAGUCCACAGAUGAUUUAGACGCCCCAGGCAGUGUUACGGGUACAUUCAUGCCACCAAUAACAACAGCUCCGCAGCGGCAGUCUGUUAUCACGCUUCCAGGAGCCUAUUCUGCCGCACCUGGUAUGGAACUCCAGCGAGCCAACACCCUCUCCCGCUUGGUUGUCAGCUCAAUGCAAGCGAAUCAUGAAACUGCCGAUGUCGAGCAAAACGAUCCAGCGGAAACCGCUCGUGAAACUGCUCCUGUGAUGGAACAUAAUAAUGGCUUGGCUGUGGCCAACCCAGUCGAAGAAGCCCUUCCCCAUCAUCUCCUACCACAAGCCCAUAGUGUCGAUGGAGAACAACAAGCUGAAAGAAAUGGCUUGUCAAAGAAAAUCAAGACAUUUUUGCUUCUUGGGUUAAUCCUCCAAUUUGCUGUCAUUAUGAUCCUUGUUGCCUUUCUGGCCCCAGAAAAGAACAAAGAUAUGGCAGAGCCUACAUCUAUUGGGGUGGAAUUCAUGGAGACAGAAUCCCCGACACCUUCCCCGACUUCUGCCCCUACAAUUCUUGCUGAUACAUGGGAUUUGCUUCCCAGAAGCACACUUUCUGCACUUGAAGAUCCCUAUUCGGCUCAAGCCAGAGCUUAUGAUUGGGUUUUGACUGACCCCAACAGGACAUCCUAUCCCCAAUGGAAAAUACUGCAGCGUUUUGCCUUGGUUGUGUUCUACUACAGCACAGGAGGGGAAGCCUGGAAUCUCCAGGAGGAUUGGCUCAGCUACAAUGUGGAUGAAUGUUCCUGGUACUUCAGGAAUCUUGUGGGUGGUGCAACGAAUUUUUUCUUCCAUGAAGGGUUACUCACUGAAGUGGGAUCGGAAAGUCAGUUUCAAGAUUCUGUCUGCAAUGCUGAUGGGCAGUACAUGCACUUGGUUUUCACAGAAAACAACAUGGUUGGAACCCUCCCACCAGAGCUCUCUUUGUUGAGUGACUCCUUACAGUAUCUGGAAGCUGGGUCAAAUGAAAAUCUCUAUGGCUUGAUUCCAUCUGAGAUUGGUCUGCUGACCAACCUACGCACUUUCUCUUCAGACCGAAAUCAUCAUUCAGGCCAAAUCCCAACGGAAAUUGGACAGCUCUCCAAUCUUUUGCACCUAGAGCUCGGCCGCAAUCCGUUCACCGGGUCAAUCCCAAGUGAACUCGGUAACUUGGAGGUCAUUAACCAUCUAAGUUUGCGAUACUGUCCCGGCAUGUCAGGAACCCUUCCUACGGAGCUAUACAGGUUGACCAACAUGGUCACAUUAAGAGCAGAGGGUCUGGAAGGACUUUCCGGUGGAAAACUUCUCUCAGAGAUUGGCCAAAUGACCAAGUUGGAUUGCAUCAAUCUCCAUCACAUUCCACUCAAUACUUCAAUUCCAACAGAAAUUGGCUUGCUCUCUAACCUGAGAAGGUUCAAUGUGUGGGCCUGCCAAAUCACCGGAUCUCUUCCAAGCGAGUUUUUAAAAUUGACAAACAUGAGGAGAAUAGACAUUGAUGACAAUGCCAUUACGGGUACAAUCGCUACAGAGUUUGGACUGUUUAAAAAUUUGACAAUGGCUUGGAUGAAUGGCAGCAGGUUUACCGGAACACUUCCAGGCUCAAUCUUUGAGAGUUGGGGACAGGUGACAUUCCUCAAGAUAAACAACAACAAUCUGGAAGGUUCACUGCCAUCGCAGCUAGGCCUUUUGACUUCCCUCGAGCUGCUGUGGCUUUUUCAAAACAGAUUCUCUGGCAGCAUACCGUCCGAGCUUGGGCUUUUGAGCAAUGUGACUGAGCUGUUUCUCCAUGACAACAAUCUGACUGGCGGAGUCCCUGAAAGCCUGACCAGUAUGGCUGCCCUGGAUCACCUUACUUUGUCCAACACCUCUCUUUCGGGGUCUAUUCCAGAAGCACUUUGUGAAAAGGUGUGGGACAUGUCCUAUAUCUGCAAUGUUUACUUUGGGAUAAUUUCGAUUUGCUACGAUGUGGAAAAAAUGAACUUUGCCUGCUCUUCCACUGAUCUAUGUGGAUGUGAUGCAUGUGGGGAGUGCAACUCUACCCGUAGCUAAUUGUUAUUGCAUAUUUUUUACUAACAAAAUUUACUAACAAAACUAAUACAUGGUUGCAUAGUCCAUGAAGCCUACAAGGAGAUUCAAGACUAAUUGUUUCAGAUCCG